UUCAUGAACCCACCCUUCUGAUCUGAAGAGAAUCACCUCUCACUAACCUCUUCAUUUUGGCUCACAGACACACAGACACACAGUGGAACACUUGUCACCCCAUUAGCUCCCAGUCCUGUGUCUCUGACCAUUGGUAACCAUGAUGCAGGUUUGGAUACUAUCACUACUGCUGCCUCUCACACUGUCAUUCUCUGGUCUACAUGUUGAUCCUAGCAAAAUUCAUGCUUUCCCAGAGAGACACAUAGCUGGGGUGUUUCUGGUCAGCUACACAAAUGACGCAAACCAGUUUGCCUAUGCCUUCAAUGCCUCUGAGGCCAGGGAGGUGUGCUGGUCUCUGGGUGUAACCAUGGCCUCCAAUUCCCAGGUUGAGGAGGCUCAGAGACUGGGCUUGGAAACAUGCAGGUUUGGGUGGAUUGAUGAACAUUUUGCAGUGAUCCCUCGUAUUGAGGCCAGUAAAACCUGUGGUCAAAACCAGACCGGUGUCAUCAAAUGGAGAGCCUCUGUCACCAAACGUUUUGAUGUGUUCUGUUUCAACACUUCAGGAGCGGCCUCACCCCCCUCUACCUCCCUCUCUCCAGCCAUCAUUCAUCUUGUCCCCUCCACACAGUCCACACGGCCCACCUCUCAUUCUCGCUCCUCCCUUCUCUCGCUCAGUAGUUUUUCUGAUAACCCAGAGGAGGUAGAGGUAGAACUACCCCAGUCCAUGAGCAGCGCAAAGUCUUCAAUUGGAGUGGUGCCAAAAGCAUUACUUAUCACCUCGGCCAUUGUUCUUCUUCUGACUGCAAUGGCCAUUCUCAUGUACUUUAGAACGAACAAUGGCCUCAAGACUAUUCUCCCCUGCUGGGAUGGGGAGCAGCAGAAAGAGUACAUUGAGACAGAGGAGUGUGCAGCACACACCUGUAUGAAGGACACAAAGGAAGCCCAGACUGAGGGAGAAGCUAAGGCUGAGCCUGAGGAGGAUGUGUGCAAAGACACAGCCAAUGACAUCAGUGUGAACAUCAGUGAUGAGACCAACACUGAUUCAGCAUCAGAGACAAAACCUUGAUGCUUUAGAUUAUGUAAAACCAAAGAUAAGGUCAGGCUGCUUUUUUAAAGUUAUGUUCCUGCUUAUGGAAGUUAUGUUGUUUAGUCGUUUGUACAAAGUGUGCAUUGAUGUUAUUCAAAUGCAUUUAUUUAUAGCAUGGGAUGCCUUUCCAAUUUUGCUUUAAAAAGUGACUUUAUGUCUCGUUGUUUUGUGCCGUUCAUAUUCAAAAUAGAUUGUUCUAGAGAUCAUCCUGUAUUUUAACCACUAGAUGGCGAUGUCAUCAAGGCAAUUGUUGCUGCAACGUGGAUGAGUUGAGGCAAGGACUAUUAUAGUAGCUGAAUUCAAAAUGGGUUCAUAUUUUCUACUACACAGAUAAUUAAUUUGAUGACUUCAGAUAAAGUUAGUCAGUAUGCCAUGGCCACUGCUAACUACUGCAUGUUAAAUCAUGUGUUUUAACUAAUGCCAAUCUUGAAGUGAUGCAAUAAAUUCUAACUUUUUGUAUCCCUG